AUGAACAACGACAUCUGUAUGUUUGGACUGACAAAAUCUGGAAAAACCUCUAUGAUUAGAGUGAUAUUCCAAAAGUUAGAAAUCUACAGAACAUUCCAAUUAGACCCAACAAAUAGAAUGGAAUCUGUUGCAGUCAACUUGGGAUCUCACAUCCAUUUUAAGAUUUAUGAGUUUUCUGGUCAUUAUGAUUUGAAUGAUCCACAACCACCUGAAAUUGCAGCCAUGGAAACAUGCAGUCUAAUGAUCUAUGUUAUAGAUUCUUAAGUAAUAAAAUAUUCUAUGCGUAUUUUUAUAGGCAGAACCAUUUAAUGAGGCAGUCUAAUAUUUGAGACAGGCCAUCCAAACUGUAAAAUAAAGAGCUCCUCAUUGCGAAUGUCAUUGUUUUAUUCACAAAGUAGAUCCUGACAUUGAAGACAACAAAAAGAAUGGUAAUUGUGACUAAUGAGUUUAAGAAUUGCUACAAUAAAUCUAGAAGGACAUUUCAGAUGAACUAUCCAAGAAUGGCAUGAAUUAAAUCAAGGUUGAUUUUCAUGUUACUUCCAUCUUUGAUCACUCAUACUUGGAACAUUUUAGUAAGGUAAUCUAAAGGAUAUUGCCGUACUCUUAAUCUAUAUAAACUUUGUUAGAUUCCUUCAAUCUUGCAUGCAGAAUAGAGAAAUCCUUUUUAUUCGAAAUCUACUCAAAACUAUACUUGGCUAGUGAUUCUUAGCAUUUUCAUAGUACGAACUUUUAGUUGUGUUCUGAAAUGAUCGAUGUAUUCAUAGAUGUGACUUGUAUAUAUGGCAAGUUGGAUGAUGCUGGCCAAAGCUAAAUAAAGUUGUCGGAUGGAUCCAUAUUAAUAUAUCAGACAGUGAAUGAGUAAAUUAGUUAGAAUAUCUUUUAGAGGCAUUUCGUUAAUAAGUAUCUUGAAAUCGGAGAACUUGGAGAGACCAUUUUUAUUGGAAUACAAUAUAAAUUAAUUCAGAUAGGGCUUAGCAUAAAUAUUUAAAAUUAAAUGAAAC